AUGGUCGAAUCUAAGCAAGUACAUUUAUAUGGAACAGCCGUGCCAGAAUCCAUUUUAGUGAUAGCGUACACAAAGGGAUAUGGCUAUUCCGACUUGGAGAAGAGCGUUGAAGUUACUCCACAAACGAAGUUUGCCAUUGGUUCAGUGACUAAGAGUUUCACGGCAACAUUGUUGGCAGACAUGAUUGACAAGGCUAGAGAUUAUGAAAAGCUUAACUGGCACACGCCUCUGAAUGAGAUACUUGGACAAAAUUUCAAGUUGAACACGAGUUAUUUGACCGAACUGACAACAUUGGUUGAUAUAUUAUCUCAUAAGACGGGAGUUCCUGGAUACCAGAGUGUCCUUACAGCCGGGGUCUUUGCGAACUUGACGAGGACGGAAUACACAAGGCGUCUUCGGUUUCUUGAGCCCGAGUUCGCUGUGAGGAAUGGUUGGAUAUACAACAAUCAUAUGUACAUGUUGGCUGGUCAUGUGGCUGAAAUACUUGCAGACGACACUGGGAAUAUAUCUUGGGAAAAUCUUCUAAAAACGCAUAUUUUACUACCAAUAGGGAUGAAUUCCACCAGAUUUGUUACACUGAACGAAACAUGGGAAGAUGUUUCAAAGGCUUACGUCCUUCUUGAUGGAAACUUGACCUAUGUCGGCAUGGAUAUGAUAAAAGAGGUUGUUGCAGCAGGUCCUGCGGGGUCCAUUUUAUCUACAGCAGACGACAUGGCUUUGUGGCUCCUGUUUCAUAUCAACCAUGGGAAAACUAAUAAUGGAGAGGAAUUAAUCGAUCACGAAAUUCUAGAUGAGAUGUAUCUUGGUCAAGUGUCACAACCAUCCCGUAUGGGCAAUGAUUUGACAAAACCUACAUACCCCAUUGAUUUUGUCCAAAGUUCCUAUAAUUUGGGAUUGGACACAUAUUUUUAUAGAGGGUUUAAGAUGAUAGGUCAUCCUGGUGGAAUACACAGUUUUCAAUCAGACUUCAGAAUCUUUCAAAGAGAACAGGCUGGUGUAUUCCAAAUCUUGAAUGGCCCAGGUUCUUAUAAUGGUGGGACAGCAGUAAGGAUGAUACGAAUGUACGUAUCGGAUAUUCUACUUGGCCUUGACCCCUGGCUUAACAAAACGACAGCUUGUACAUUUCCUGAACCUUGGGCUCCUGGCCCGCCUUCAGUAAAUCCCGUACUGCCAGUAUACAACGACACGGCCCCGAGACCUUUAGUUGACUAUGAAGGCACCUAUGGACAUCUUGCAUUCGGAAAUGUGACAUUUACAUUGAAUGCUACCAUCAAUAAACUUUAUAUGAGAUACGGACCUUUCUUUGAAGGUCAUUGUUCUUAUGAUGCAACGCAAGGUGUGUUUAUGAUGUCAUAUGAGGGUAUUUAUAAAUACCGAAAUGAUUAUUUUCCGGCUAGAUUUGCUACGAACAAUGCAACUGGAAAUAUUGAUACUGUUUAUUUGAACAUUGAUGAUUCACAUCCACAAGCGUUUAUCCGUGACUUAAAACUUGCUGAUGUCCCAGUUGAUAUCGUACCGACACAGAACCCUGCUUGCCCUACACCUGAUCCAAGUGGCUCGGCAACUAAGUUUGCGAAAAAGAACAGUAUUGCAUUACUUACGAUGAUUUCAAUCCUACAACUGAUGAAUAGAAAAACAUGUUAAUAUAGUUAAGGUUUACGAAAAAGACCGACCGCCGACGACCGACCAGUCCGAAUCUCCACAUUUGGGUACACGUGGUCGGUAGUCGGCUGUCGGUCUUUUACAUAAAGAUGAAAAGGUGCAAAAUUUGAAGAGGAAAAUAAAAUCAAAAACUAGGAAUCCAAUGACUAGUAGUCCUACCCUUACAAAGUCGAGAUUAGAAUGUGUUUAAAUCACGGUUCAAAACUCACCAUGAUGAAAAACAU